UAACGUGGGAAAGGCUGCAGAUGACUAUGAGGGCGUAUUGGGGGAUGUGUCGUAUUUCAUCGCGUUUUUAAUUUUGUCACUGUCGUUGCGUUUUAAACUUGACAUGCUUUAAAGCCUAUGCUGAGUGAUCAAUGAAAAUGUACUAUAAAUUGAAUUAAUAAUUCACAACUCUCAAUGAUCUAAUUACAACUACACAUUUCUGAUGACUCAAAGCCGUUUAGAAAUAUCACAAGAACAUGAUAACUCAAUGUUGAUCAUAGCUAUAGGAAACAUCUUGGUAUUUGUUAGUCGUAAAGGAACAUAAAUGUUAUUGAUAAACCCUAUUUUGACCCUUCAAAUUUCAUUCUCAAAGUAAAUCAUAAAGUCUAGGAAGGUUUACACGACAAAGAAGUUUACGAAGAAGAAUACAAAACGUAACUUUGUCAGGAUGUUCCAGCUAACGGUACUGCUUGUCGUGGUGACGGUUGCCUCUGCCGCCACCAUAGCAACCCGACCAACAACAACCUUCCGGCCAACCACUACGUACUACGUCCCGGGUUGCGAGAGCCAGAUGUCCUGGCCUACGCAGCACGGGUUGGGUGAAACAUGGCAUGAGCAGUUCGAAGGGUUCUGCCAGGACUGCGUCUGUCUGGCGACUGGAAAGCAAUGCGAGCCCUGUCCACCCAGAGAAUGCUUCAGACCAAUGGACAUAUGGCUAUAUGGCCAAGGACUGGCUGCAGGCGAGUCAGCCAUUAUAGAGCUGAGUCCGGACAACUGCGUGCUGUGUCACUGCCAGGACUACUGGGCCCAGUGCAACAGCUACCCCUGCGACGGCAUCAUAGCGUAAAGGCGUCACCUAGCGACAACAUCAAGAACAACACGGGGAAUCUAUGAUGAAAUCCACAAAUUGCAAUAAAAUACAUCUCAUACCUAGAAACCAAAAAUUAUUACACUCCAUACAAGGCAUUGGCCUCGUUUUGUUAUUCUCACAAGAUGUUGCUAGCCAGAUUAGGCAAAGGUGUUGCUAUAUAUAAGACCAUGAAUGUAGGCGGCGCUUCAACAGGCGGACAUGGUGUCACAUGAAGUUUUCGCGCGGCGCCCAAAACUAUCCUUUUUACGUCAACUAGCGUCUUGAAUGUCAUUCUAGGUGUGAGAAAAGAUGUCUAGACGUAUUGGGGAAAGUUUUCACCAGAAUUAAACCAAUCUGUAGUAUGUUUCGACAUGUUACAAGUCGGGACUGUAUGCCCUAUGAGAGCCCAAGCUGCAGUACCGCUCCCGGCCGCGUUCUGAAAAUGGCUUAAACGACCGUCAAAUUGCCAAAUUUCAGUCUUUUCGGGAAUGGGGAAAUGGUAAAAGGCUCGCAAAGGGGUUAAAAUUUUUGUGGCUUAUUUGACUUUGUUUGAGAUUAAAGAUGGUCAUAACUUAGCAGUUCAACACUAAAUCUACGGAAUAUUAUGUCAGAAAUGACGUGAUCGAUAACAUAUCCUGUAAAUUGUCUAUUGGGCUGCCACAGCCAAAUUAUAACUUUGGGUAACAUCAAGAUGAUGAACAAAUGCAACGACAUUUUUCUGUUUCAUCAGUAGAUCCAACUUUUAUUUCAAAAUGUUGUAAGGUCACAGACUCACAGUAUAGAUUACUUGUAAUAUAACAUUAAGCGCCGGGGUAGCCGUUUGAUGGGCCCUGAGCUGAAAGAACAAGACUUGGUGUCACAUUACAACUUAUUUCCUGAUAAAGGAACAUUGAAUUGAUAACGGAUUCACUGUGUAUUACUAUCUAAGU